AUGAUUUUGGUGUUAGCUUUUCUCUUUGUCAUUCUCUUUCUUAAUGUUCUUUUAUGGAGAUGGCUAAAGGCUUCAGCAUGUAAAGCCCAAAAACUUCCUCCAGGUCCACCAAGGUGGCCUGUUUUGGGUAACCUUCUCCAACUAGGCCCUUUACCUCACCGAGAUUUAGCUGCUCUUUGUGACAAGUACGGCCCACUAGUCUACCUUCGACUCGGAAACAUCGAUGCCAUCACCACUAACGAUCCCGAAACUAUCCGAGAGAUUCUAUUUCGGCAAGAUGAUGUUUUCGCAUCCAGGCCUAAAACACUUGCCGCGGUUCACCUGGCAUAUGGGUGUGGGGAUGUCGCAUUAGCGCCAAUGGGCCCGCAUUGGAAAAGAAUGAGGAGGAUAUGCAUGGAACACCUACUUACAACCAAAAGGCUUGAAUCCUUUACGGUUCAGCGAGCAGAGGAAGCCCGGUACCUAAUACGAGAUGUCUUCCAAAAGGCAGAAUUUGGAAAGCCCAUAAACGUUAGGGAAGUAUUGGGUGCGUUCUCUAUGAACAAUGUGACCCGGAUGCUACUAGGGAAACAGUUCUUUGGGCCAGGAUCCGUAGUAGGCGCAAAAGAAGCCCAAGAGUUUAUGCAUAUAACUCAUAAAUUGUUUUGGCUGUUGGGUGUUAUUUACUUGGGAGACUACUUGCCGUUUUGGAGAUGGGUCGAUCCGUACGGAUGCGAGAAGGAAAUGAGGGACGUGGAGAAGCGCGUGGACAAGUUUCACACGAAGAUCAUCGAGGAGCACAGAAGGGCAAAACGGGAAAAAGAAGAUAACAAAGGAGACAUGGAUUUUGUUGACGUUUUACUCUCUCUCCCUGGUGAUAACGGGAAAGAACACAUGGACGACGUUGAAAUUAAAGCUCUAAUUCAGGACAUGAUAGCGGCAGCGACGGACACGUCAGCGGUGACGAACGAAUGGGCAAUGGCCGAGGUGAUUAAGCAACCGCGAGUGAUGCGUAAAAUUCAAGAAGAGCUCGACAAUGUCGUAGGAUCGAACCGGAUGGUCGACGAAUCGGAUCUGAUCAAUUUAAACUAUCUACGCUGUGUGGUACGAGAGACGUUCCGAAUGCAUCCGGCCGGGCCCUUCUUGAUCCCUCACGAGUCCGUCCGAGCAACGACGAUCAACGGCUACUACAUCCCUGCAAAGACACGUGUCUUCAUCAAUACACAUGGGUUGGGUCGAAACACUAAGAUAUGGGACGACGUGGAAGACUUCAGGCCCGAACGUCAUUGGCCCGUCGACGGUAGCGGGCGGGUCGAGAUAAGCCACGGGCCGGAUUUUAAGAUAUUGCCGUUUAGCGCCGGGAAGAGGAAGUGUCCCGGUGCUCCGCUAGGUGUGACGAUGGUGCUAAUGGCUUUGGCUCGACUCUUCCAUUGCUUUGACUGGUCUUCCCCGGUAAAUAUUGAUACGGUGGAAGUUUACGGUAUGACUAUGCCUAAGGCUAAACCUUUGUGGGCUAUUGCUAGGCCAAGAUUGGCUGCUCAUUCGUACACUUAA